CACAAGGAAAAAAACAAAAACAAAGUUGUCAGUGAUUUGUCAGGGACAAAAUGAUGCUGUAGAUGAACUUUGGAGAGGAGAAGAGUUGUGGAGCAUCAAGAGGAGGAUGGACUGUUGGGCACCGUUGCCCCUGAUCUCUGCCUUUUGCUUCAUUGGCAUGGUGAUGAGUCAGACCACACCCACUCCUGCUGCCCUCACCAGCACUCUUGUGGAGAACGCCACUGCUCUGACGCCAACUCCUGCUCUUGCCAGCGGCACCACCCCCAGCUGCUCCGCGUUCAACACUUCCAACUGUCAGCCCUGUGCGCCAGGGUCGCAGUACGACAAUGGCACGCUGCUGUGCGUGUGCUGCCCUGAACCUGGGCUGUGUCUAUUUCCUGGAGCCUGUCUACCUUGCACGGUUGGCUUUUAUCAGCCACUGGCUGGACAGCAGCAGUGCGUGCCCUGCAGACAGGGCUUCUACACAAAUUUUACUGGGAGUCCACUGUGUCACCAAUGCCCCCCUGGAUCCUUCAACAACAACACUGGUGCAGACCACUGUGCAAGUUGCUCCCCAGGUUAUUUCUCCUCACUGCAAAGUUCCACAUUGUGUGCACCAUGUUCCAGAGGGAGUUUUUGCAACUCCUCUGGUUGCUCCCAAUGCCAGAUGUGUCCCGGGGGAUCAGAGGCACUACAGUCUGCAGCAGAAGAUUGCACUCCGUGUCGGCCAGGCAUGCAUAAGGCUCCCCAUCAGACAAUGUGUCAGAUCUGCAGCAGUGGCUCCUUCCAGAUCCACUGGGGCCAAGAGAGCUGCGACAUCUGCCCAGAAAACCAUUACUGUCCAAGUCCAGACGUGAACCCCAUUCUUUGUCCCAACGAUGCCUUCUGUCCAGAGGGCAGCUCCGCUCCAGGCUACUGCAUGGAGACUUUCUUUCGCAAAGCAGGGGACACAUGUGAACUGGCCCCAGUCACCAUCGCUUUAUUAGUUAUUGGAGGAGGGGUGGCUCUACUCUUCAUCAUUGUAAUGGUACUGCGAAAAAUGAGAGACACCGAUGGGGAGCUGAGUGUGUCCCGAGCGCCGCUAUUAGGCAAAGAGAGGCCUCAAGGACGCUAUUAUGGAAUUCCCUGUGAUGCAGAGCCUGUGUAUGCUGGUUGGUGAACCAAAGGAGAGACCAAAAGUGGACAUACUGUACAUUGAGUGCAUGACUGAAACACGUGUUGGCUCUCGUCUGAGACAUUCUAGUUUGAUAGGUUCACAGUCGUCGACAUUGUCCUUUUGUAAGCGAGUUUAUUGGAUUAGGAGCGUCAUGCUGCAAAAGCAGAUGCGUGCCAGGACUUGGUGGGAGCCUUUCCUUUCCUUCAAAACGCACUUUUUACUGGAAUAAUUACUUUCCUUUGCACUCAUGUGUUUGUCCGUAGAAUUGUAGGUGAAACCAACAGCUAGUCGCUCAACGACAGCGUAUGGAACAUGAUGGCUCAUUUUUAAUGCAUCGCAAUGUAAUUCUUUUUGUCUAAGUAAGCUUUUUUAAAGAUGUUUUUAUGUUUUAAAGAAAAAUAAAUAAUA